AUGCCUACGCUGAGGAGAGAGGAUUGUGUCUCUGCUGGGAGCGGCGGCGACAAGGGUGACGUCGAGUGUGAGGCAGGGCUAGAUCCGGAACCUGCGCUGGUGUGGGCAUUGCGUUGGAAGAACGAGUGGAUUGGUGGUUGGUAUUGGCGUUUGCGAGUGUGUUCAGCUGAUGAUAGAGCCAUGAUGUUUAUGUAUGAGUGUGGUGUUGCAGGUUUCAGUCGCACCAUGAAUGUAGGUACUCCGACCACAAGUGAACGAACUCUCGUAGAUUAUGACAAUACCUUGGAAAUACCUAGAAAGACACGAGAUACACAUGUUGAAUGUGAGAGGGAUAUUCCGACAAGCUACCACCAUGCCGCAAUCUGGAGUCCCAAGACCGUCGAGACUGUUGAACCUCCAGAAGUCACUGAGACAUGGCAAAGAACUGUAAGCAAUGUUCAAUCCAUCGGAUUCAGGCCACACGAUUACAAUGUAUCAAACAGAUCGGCUGUCAACGGAACACACUCGCUAUUCCUCAAGUUGCCGGCGGAGAUUCGCACUCGGAUCUACGAAUAUGCACUUGGCGGGAACGUCAUUCAUGUUCGCAGACCUGAAGAGUACAUUGAAGAUGGAUCUGUG